AGUCAUUGUGCAGAACUUCAUAGGCUGAUGGAUCUACUUAAUUUGAGUCAUGUGUGUUGAAACAGAAAAACAUUGAAAACCUGCAGCACAACACCCUGAGGACUGACUGUGGACAUCCCUGCUGUAGGCUACCUGUCCGCUCCCUUCUCUCCACCUCACUGACUUUCCCUCUGUAGCAGCUAUUUUACGUAGUCGCAUCCAUUUACAGUGAAACAGUAACCAGCUUAUUCUGAGAUUGUAAAGUAGUAGAAAGUUGAGAUAUUUGUUCUCAAAUGUAGGCAGUAGAAGUAAAAAGUUGUAGAGAAAUAACUACUCAAGUGAAGUCCACAUACCUAAAAAAAUUCUACUUAAAUGCAAUAACGAAGAAUUUUACUUAGUUACUUCCCACCUCUGGUAACUGAGGACAGCUAGGGUCAGAAAACAGAAAGCACAGAUAACUAACAACCAAGACUUAAACUAAACCAAAGGACCACAGAAUACACACACACUGAAACACAACAAAAACCCACAGACCAUGACAUCAACAAUGAACUUUGUCAGAAAACUGAAAACCACCAGAGACCAGAAGAAACUCUUAAAGCCUGAUGUAGUUCCUGGGUGUGUCCAGCAGAGGGCAGCAGAACAACAACUAUCAGGAAAAGACAUUUACUUCAGAAACUUCCUGUUUUUAGUUUAAGAAACAAGACAUUAUAAAGAUAAAAUGAGAGCAGCAGAACAUUAAACAACAAACAUGAGUGUAAAUGAUGCUGGGACUGAACACAGAGGUGAAAAACCAUUCUUGUAUCAUCUCUUGUAUUCAACUAAAAUACUGUCUGAACCUGAAAAACAAAAACAAACCCAGUUCAAGAAGAGGAGGAGCAACACUGGAAGACGAGUUUUUCCAGUUUCCUGAAAUGAAAGUGAAAGUUUGUCAGAUCAGAGCUGCAGUCGAAGCAACUUUCUGUGUUUCUGUCUGAAGGAAAAUAAACUGAGUUCAUCUGUUCUUUCUCAACCACUGACUCCAAUACUGAGGUCAGACAUGUCUGCUGGCAGCAACCAGAGAUCUGAGGAUCAGUUUCUGUGCUCCAUCUGUCUGGAUGUGUUCACUGAUCCAGUCUCCACACCAUGUGGACACAACUACUGCAAGAACUGCAUCACCCGACACUGGGACGUUAACAACAGCUGCCAAUGUCCACUGUGUAAAAAGGAGUUUCUGUUAAAACCUGAUCUAGAAAUUAACACCUUACUCAGAGAGAUGGUUGAUCAGUUCAGACGUGAAGCUCAGCAGGAAGCCAGCAGCAGCAGCUCAGAGCAACAAGCUGCCAAACCAGUAGAAGUUCUCUGUGACGUCUGCACUGGAACCAAACUGAAGGCCCUGAAGUCCUGCCUGGUGUGUUUGGCCUCCUACUGUCAGACUCACCUGGAGCCUCAUCAGACAUCUUCACGUCUGAACAGACAUCAGCUGAUGGAGCCUGUGGGGAACCUGGAGGACAGGAUGUGUAGGAAGCACGAUAAACCUCUGGAGCUGUUCUGUAAGACCGACCAGACAUGUGUCUGCUCGCUCUGCCCUGUUUUAGACCACAAGACUCAUGAGUUUGUUUCUCUGAGAGAAGAAUAUGAAGGAAAGAAGGCAGAGCUGGGGAAGACAGAGGCUGAAAUCCAGCUGAUGAUCCAGAAGAGACGACUGAAGAUUCAGGAGCUCAAAGAGUCGGUGAAGAUCAGUAAAGAUGCUGCAGACAGAGAGACAGCAGAAGGUGUUCAGGUCUUCACUGCUCUGAUGGAGUCUGUUCAGAGAGGCCUGGACCAGCUCGUAGAGGAGAUCCAAGACAAACAGAAAGCUACAGAGAAACAGGCUGAAGCCUUCAUCAAAGAUCUGGAACAGGAAAUCUCUGAGCUGAUGAAGAGGAGCUCUCAGGUGGAGCAGCUCUCAUGCUCUGCAGACCACCUCCACCUCCUCCAUAGCUUCUCGUCCCUGAAAGCUGCUCCACCCACCAAGAACUGGACAGAGGUCCGAGUCCGUCCACCAUCAUAUGAGGGGACUGUGGUGAGAGCUGUGUCUCAGCUGGAGGAGACAAUCAGCAAACAAACGAAGAAGAUUAUUGAGGCUGAGCUGAAGAAGGUCCAGCAGUAUGCAGUAGAUGUUACUCUGGAUCCUGAUACAGCACAUCCUGAACUCAUCCUGUCUGAUGAUGGAAAACAAGUUCACUGUGGUGUUGUGAGGAAGAAACUUCCAGAUAACCCAGAGAGAUUUUCUAAGUGUGUUAAUGUUUUAGGAAACCAGAGUUUCUCUUCAGGCAGAUUUUACUUUGAGGUUCAAGUUAAAGGAAAAACUAAAUGGGAUUUAGGAGUCGCCAGAGAGUCCAUCAACAGGAAGGGAGACAUCACAGUGAGACCUCAGGAUGGAUUCUGGACGGUAUGGAUGAGAAAUGGAAAUGAGUACUUUGGUAAUGCUAGUCCUAAAGUCCGUCUCCAUCUUCAGUCUGGUCCUGAGAAGGUGGGAGUGUUUGUGGAUUAUGAGGAGGGUCUGGUCUCCUUUUAUGAUGUAGAUGCUGCAGCUCUGAUCUUCUCCUUUACUGGCUGCUGCUUCAAUGAGAAACUCUACCCGUUCUUCAGUCCCUGUAUUAAUGAUGGUGGUAAAAACUCAGCUCCUCUCAUCAUCUGUCCUGUCAAUCAAACUGUCUGAUGGUUUUUCUCCAUGACCAGUGAAUCUGUUUCUGAACCAGUUUCAGUCUGAGUUCUACUGGUGGAGAGAUGAGGUUGUAAAUGUCACCAGUUCAGUUCAUAUCUGGAUUAUUCUGCAGCUCGUUCCACUUCUGUCUGUCUCCACGUUUCUUCUUUCUCUUCACUGUCGGUGUCAAAUAAACCAGAGUCUGAUUGUUCCUGCAUGAUGGAUUAGAUCAUUGUUAUAUAAUGAAUGUUGAGUUUUAGGUGUUGUUUUCUUCUUUAAUGUGUCCCACUGUUGAUGGAUUUCUCCCUCUGACUCUGUAGUCAUCAUCACUAACAGGAAGUUAAGAGGUCUCAACAAGUUCAGGUAUUUUAAAGCAACACUGAAUUAAAUGUUUUAUGUUCAUUUAUUCUGGUACAGAAAUCAAACGUCUCAAAGAAAUCACUGAAAACUUCAUAUUGACAUGACACUGAUGUUCAUGAUGAGUGUAAAUAAAUUUCUGAUCAGAAGUGUGACUGUGAUUCAUGUUGAUCAUCAAUAAAAAGACAA